UUUCAGUAGUAUUUCAUAAUAGUAAAAAAAAAAAAAAACAAAUAUCAGUUUGUUCAAAAAACCGACCUACAUGGAGAAUUGAUUCUGUUUUUCUAAGACUAUUUUUAUAAUUCUUGCAAAGCUUUAAUUCAUAAAUUUUGCAUAAACCCUAGAAAAGUCUUCUUCUUCAGAUAUGCGGGUGGUGAAUCCAUCCUUGUGUAUCGACGGUGCACAACCAUUGGUGUACCUCCCUCCUCCUCCUCCUCCUCCUCCUCGCUCUAUUCAUUUUCCCGCUAAUGGAAAAUUCCAUGGGCGUUGUUACUAUCCUACGAGCGUUUCUAUGCAAUCCCAGAGCCAGUCAGUUGCAAGUACAGGAGCCAAAAGAUUUGGUUUCAGCUCUAAGAGCAAAAGAUCUGUCUUUGCAUGUAAAGCUGCGCUGAAUGCAAAAUGCAGUCAAGGGCAAACACAGACUGUUACUCGGGAAUCACCGACAAUUACACAAGCUCCUACACAUGGAAAGGAGAAAUCCCCAAAGCUUGAUGACGGUGGAAGCGGGUUCCCACCCCGGGAUGAUGGUGGUGGUGGGGGCGGAGGAGGCGGUGGAGAGAGCUUCUCAGGUGGAUUCUUCCUUUUCGGGUUUCUUAUGUUCAUGGGUUACUUGAAAGAUUUGGAGGGCGAACAUGAAACCAGCCACUAGCUAGAGAGGGGAGGAAGGGGAAACAUGAUGCUCCAACAGACAGACAGACAGACAGAUCUCUAGACGAAGUUCUGAAACAGAGAUAGUGCUAGUAUGUUUCAUCAAUUUUGAUCAUGAAUCAGACAGAUUUUUGUUAUCUCGACAUAAAACAAAAUGCUUCAUCUUUAUAACAAAUGUUCAAAGAUUUGGAACUGAGGUUUAGGAGAUGCAGAGUUUCGAACUUGAAUGAAAAUAUUAGAAGUGUAUAUAUAUUCUCUUCUUUGUUAA